AAACUAGUUUCAGGUAGAAAGAUGGCCAAAAAAUUGAGCAAAUGUCAUUAAAAAUAAAUGAAAAGAGCAGUUAGGCUGCUUUUUUUAAGCAAGGUUAAAUACGAUCAGGAGAACCAGCCAGAUGCUGACUAAUAUGUUGAGUGUAGCCAAGGAUCUGCUGAGGUUUUGGUAAAGGGGGAGUCACCUGGGAGACCACUCUUCAGCUCUGCUAUAUAAGACUGAGCAGAUCACUGAGAGACCAUGAAACAGCUUCAGAAGCCACAGGGAAGAGGAAGAGCACCAAUCAGCACGCAGCAAAUUCUUGUGUCAAACACUCGACUCAAAAGGAGCACAGAGGCUCAAACAAUGAAAACAGCUCAGUCUCUUGCUGGACUUCUGCUCCUCAUCCUCAUCCAAAGCAGCUGGCAGGUGCCUGAUCAGGACGCGGAUGGAAAUUCUGUGUUAAUGAAUGAAAAUUCGAUGUUCAGUGAUCUCAGCGAGCCCCCAAACAUGAAGAGGCACUCGGAGGGGACGUUUUCCAACGACUACAGCAAAUACCUGGAGACAAGAAGAGCCCACGACUUUGUUCAGUGGCUGAAAAAUUCUAAAAGGAAUGGUUUAUUCAGGCGUCAUGCGGACGGCACCUACACCAGCGAUGUCAGCUCCUACUUGCAGGACCAGGCAGCAAAGGAGUUUGUGUCCUGGCUGAAGGCCGGCCGGGGCAGAAGAGACUAAACUCAAACUCGACUUCCUCGUAACUUUUUCCAUCCCCAAAUAUGGCACAUCUAUUUUUUUUCAACGACUUUGUGCCAUUAGCUCAGUUUUUCAAUCUGUAUUAAUCUCUUUCUUCUGGUAAUAAAUCCCACUGAUGAAAUACCCUGUUGGCCUUUAGUGUUCAAAAGAAACCAAUUUGAAGUCUUUUUUUUUUUUUUUUUUUUUUUUUAUUGUGUCUAAAUCAUAAAUGUUGUAGGAAACUUCAAUCACUUUUUUCUCACACAUGUUUCAUCUUCUUGGUUUCGCUGCAUUUCUGUGUCUUUCAAAGCAUCGUAUGUGACUUUAGGGUUAACCUUCUCGGACAUUCAGAUGCAGUUUCGAUUUUUCCUUCAACUGUGCCUGUGGGCUUCAUUUAUCACGAUUUAUUUUCUUUUUGAAUUGUUUAGGUCUAGAUAGAGAAAUGUGUACAAUUCCAGAGUUUCCUCCUGAAGACAAAUAAAAAAUAAGCGUUUAAACAAAAA